AUGAAGAAACUUCUUAGAAUUGUGAAUUUCAGUCAUGAAAAUGAGACCACCUACACGAAAAUAUUUAAUUUGAUAUCAAAUGAGGAAAUGUCAAAAUUCAAAUUUCGACAAAUAUUCUUGCGCAUUGAAAAUUUUGAUAAUAAAUCUCAGCAUGAAAUCAAUCUAAAGUUGUCUCAAGCUUAUGUUUGA